CAGUCAGUCUCCUCCUUACAGAGGAUCGCUGGUUUGGACUUCAUUCCUGGGCUCCAGCCUGUACUGAGUUUAUCCAAGAUGGACGAGACAUUGGCUGUCUACCAGCAGAUUCUCACCCGUCUGCCUCCCAGAAACGUGGUCCAAAUACUUAAUGACCUGGAGAACCUCCGGGACCUUCUCUACCUACUGGCUGUCUCCAAGGGCUGCCCCUUCCCUCAUUCCAGUGGCCUGAAGACCUUGGAGAGCCUGGAUGGUGUCCUGGAAGCCUCACGCUACUCCAUGGAGGUGGUGACCCUGAGCAGGCUGCAGGCAUCCCUGCAGGACAUGUUGCAGCAGCUGGACCUCGGCCCCAGGUGCUGA